UGAAAAGUGAGUGAGUGAGAGAGAGAGAGAGAGAGAGAGAGAGAGAGAGAGAGAGAGAGAAAAGAGAGAGAGAACAAGAGAGAGACACUCUUUGUCCCUCACUCCAAGUUCCUCCGGCAGCCCAGGCCGAUAUUCUUGGCUUGGAUGCAGCACUCAUGACAGGAUUAGGAGCCUGGGACACGGGACCAACCGGAGAUCUGCAGGUUCUAAUAGACGAACCCGGGCCAGAUUCUCACUCUGCACGGUUCUGACCGGGCUCCUGUGUCCCUCCACUAUCUCCAAUACAUCGACCCAGUUACAGAGAGCCCUUCUGUCCUCUCCCAUCAUGCGUCUCCUCACCAUCGUCGUUCUCCUGCUGCUCCUUCGGUCAGCUGAACCUCGGAGAGGCCCCUGGUCAAAGGGUACAGAGAAGGGCACCAGGGGCCGUGUGAGAGGCAGAGGAAGGGCCGGCGUCAUGAGGCGUCAAACUCAGGAAUGCAAGGAGUACAUGGAGGCGGGAGAGAAGUAUCUGGACUGCCAGGAUAGGCAGCUGACUUUGGUGAGGCCGGACUGGCCCAAAGACAUUCACCACCUUUUGCUGGGAAGAAAUAAGAUUCAGGUUCUAAGUGAUAACAUGUUCGCCCAGUUCACCCAGCUGAAGAGCCUGGAUCUUCAGCAGAACGCCAUCUCCGUGAUAGAAGACGACGCGUUCAGUGGCCUCUCCCAGCUCACCACCCUCCUUCUCCAGCAUAACCGCAUCAGGACAGCCUCAGAGGAGGUCCUCCUACCCUUACCCCGCCUCAGCUACCUCCGGAUUUUUGGCAAUCCCUGGACCUGCCGCUGCCCGCUGGACAGCCUGAUCAGGACCCUGCAGGUGCCCAGCAAUCGCCAACUGGGCAAUUACGCCAAGUGUGCCGAGCCUCGGUCUCUGAAGGGCCAGAAGCUCAAAAAGCUUAAGGCAGACUUGCUGUGUGCUGAGGACAACAGGCCGGAGUCCCAACCAGAGCGUCCUUUCGUUAAGCCCGAUGCGCCGUCCCUUUGCCACCUCAAAUAUCCCGGUUUCCUGCUGGACUGCAGGCAUAAAGAUCUGAAUCAUAUACCACCGGAAUUGCCAUUUGAAGUAGUGGGGAUGGACAUGUCCAAUAACAUCAUCAAACAUCUCAGGCCCAAUCAAUUCCUGCUGUCUAAAGACCUCAAGCUGCUCAACCUUAGCAGCAACAACCUGCAGCACAUAGACAAAGCUGCUUUUGCAGGCCUGCUGCACCUCCGCGAGCUCGAUCUGUCCAACAACAGCCUACACCACUUCCAGUACGGCGUACUGGAGGAUCUGUACUUCCUACGGAGGCUGGCGCUGGACAACAACCCGUGGAUCUGCGACUACAACAUCCACUACUUGAUGUACUGGCUCAAGCACCACCCCGGCGUCUCGUACUCCGGCCUGAUCUGCUCCCAGCCGCUGGAGUUCAGGGGCUGGCGAGUGGAAGACUACAUCAAAACCUACAACGGGGAAUGUCCCGUGGAUAAACAGAUGGAGGAGAACGACACUGGGCAGGGAGCGCAAGGAGGGUCAGAGAACGAAGUGGAGGAGAUGAUGGGGGAGAUGGGCGAGGGACAAGGGCAGCUUCUACCCCAGCCAAUAAAGGAGAAAAAGCCCAACGAAUAUCAGAUCAUCAAGCUGAGCUAGACUAGAACUGGUAUGGUCAGAUGUGAGAGAGGUAUAAACAACACGAUUGACAUGCAGGUCAGAGGUCAACAUACAUUAAUAAAGGCAGAUUAGAGGAUUAAAUGUUUGAGAAAAUGUCAUGAGGAGUACAAGAUUAGGGAAAAGUCUUUCGUAACCAAACAAUUUCCAUCCUGUUUAAGUAACAGAAAAUGUAUGGAUGAUGAUUACGUUUUUUUUUUUGGUACAUUUAUUUGUUUACUUCUCGUGUCUCUUCACUUUUCAAAUGAUGGACAAGGAGACCGUUAUUUCUAUUUAUCUUCUGUAAGAGCAUUCCCAAUUCAGUCAGUUUUUGAUGCAGAACCCUGACAUUCCCACCAGGCCACUGGAAAAUGGCCUCUUUUUUUUUCCCUCUGUUACAGUAACUUUGGGAUCAGGAUACAUAUGCUUUCUUGGUUUAUUUGUUACCAUUUGGUCGUUUCCCACAUUACUGUCUGACAAUUUCUGUCUGUUUUCUGGAAAUAAAUUUGGUCCCAUUCUGCUAA